AUGGCGAGAGCCAAGCUGAAGAAUUCCCCUUCAGAGAGCAAUUCCCACGUAAAAACUGUCCCACCGGCGAUGACAGAAGAUGUCCAUGGGGUGAGCCCCUUGUUACCGGCUCGGCGGAUGGGAUCCUUGGCGAGUGAUGUCGGACAAAGGCCUCACGCCGAGGACUUCAGCGUGGAUUCCUCCUUCUCGCAGGUGCAGGUCGAGUUCUACGUGAAUGAAAACACCUUCAAGGAGCGGCUGAAGCUCUUCUUCAUCAAAAACCAGCGAUCGAGCCUGAGGAUCCGGCUCUUCAACUUCUCGCUGAAGCUGCUCACCUGCCUCCUGUACAUCGUCCGUGUCCUGCUCGACAACCCGGAGGAGGGCAUCGGCUGCUGGGAAUGCGAAAAGCAGAAUUACACGGCAUUCAACCAGUCCACGAAGAUAAACUGGUCUCACAUCUUCUGGGUGGAUAGAAAAAUGCCGCUGUGGGCUGUGCAGGUCAGCAUAGCUUUAAUCAGCUUUCUGGAGACCAUGCUGCUCAUCUAUCUCAGCUACAAGGGGAACAUCUGGGAACAGAUUUUUCGCAUUUCGUUCAUCCUGGAGAUGAUCAACACGGUGCCCUUUAUUAUCACAAUAUUCUGGCCUCCUUUGCGGAAUUUGUUCAUUCCUGUGUUUCUGAACUGCUGGCUUGCCAAGUACGCCCUGGAGAACAUGAUUAACGACCUGCACCGAGCCAUACAAAGGACCCAGUCUGCCAUGUUUAACCAGGUGCUCAUUCUGAUCUGCACCCUCCUGUGUCUGGUUUUCACGGGGUGAGGCUGUGAGACCUGUGGCAUCCAGCAUCUAGAAAGGGCAGGUGAGAAGCUCUCCCUCUUUAAGUCCUUCUAUUUCUGCAUCGUCACCUUUUCCACUGUGGGCUAUGGAGACGUGACACCAAAGAUCUGGCCUUCCCAGCUCCUCGUCGUGAUAAUGAUUUGCGUCGCCCUGGUUGUCCUGCCGCUCCAGUUUGAGGAGCUCGUCUACCUGUGGAUGGAGCGGCAGAAGUCAGGAGGCAAUUACAGCCGUCACCGUGCCCAGACGGAGAAACAUGUUGUCCUUUGUGUCAGCUCCCUCAAGAUUGAUCUCCUCAUGGACUUCCUCAACGAGUUUUAUGCCCACCCGCGCCUGCAGGAUUACUACGUGGUGAUACUUUGCCCGACAGAGAUGGACAUCCAGGUGCGACGAGUCCUGCAGAUCCCACUGUGGUCACAGCGAGUGAUCUACCUCCAGGGCUCUGCGCUGAAGGACCAGGACCUCAUGAGAGCCAAGAUGGACAACGGAGAAGCCUGCUUCAUCCUCAGCAGCCGAAAUGAGGUGGACCGCACCGCAGCGGACCACCAGACCAUCCUGAGAGCCUGGGCUGUGAAAGAUUUUGCUCCGAACUGUCCACUCUACGUUCAGAUCUUAAAGCCUGAAAACAAGUUUCACGUCAAGUUUGCCGAUCACGUCGUCUGCGAAGAGGAGUGCAAAUACGCCAUGCUGGCACUGAACUGCGUCUGCCCUGCCACCUCCACCCUCAUCACGCUGCUGGUGCACACCUCCCGCGGCCAGGAGGGCCAGGAGUCCCCGGAGCAGUGGCAGCGGAUGUACGGGCGCUGCUCGGGCAACGAGGUCUACCACAUCCGGAUGGGCGACAGCAAGUUCUUCAUGGAGUAUGAGGGGAAGAGCUUCACCUACGCCGCCUUCCAUGCGCACAAGAAGUACGGCGUCUGCCUGAUCGGCAUCCGGAGGGAGGAGAACAAGAGCUUCUACAUCAACAUCACCAAGGAAGAGAACUCUGCCUUCAUCUUCAAGCAGGAGGAGAAGCAGAAGAAGAAGGGCUUUGCGGGGAGAGGCACCUACGACGGCCCGUCCCGCCUGCCUGUGCACAGCAUCAUCGCCAGCAUGGGUACAGUAGCCAUCCAAACCAGGGAGUCCCGCCCCGCUAACAGCAGCAAGCUGGCACUGCAGGCGGAGAACGGCUCGGGCAACCGCCGGCCCAGCAUCGCGCCCGUCCUGGAGCUGGCCGACACCUCGUCCCUGCUGCCCUGCGACCUGCUCAGCGACCAGUCGGAAGACGAGAUGACGCAGUCGGAUGAGGAGGGGUCAGCAGUUGUGGAGUACGUGAAGGGCUACCCGCCAAACUCCCCCUACAUUGGGAGCUCCCCAACUCUGUGCCACCUUUUACCCGAAAAAGCCCCUUUCUGCUGCCUGAGGUUGGACAAGGGCUGCAAGCACAACAGCUUUGAAGAUGCCAAAGCCUACGGUUUUAAGAACAAACUGAUCAUCGUUUCGGCGGAGACGGCUGGGAACGGCCUGUACAACUUCAUUGUCCCGCUUCGUGCGUACUAUCGGUCCCGCAAAGAGUUGAACCCAAUUGUGUUGCUGCUGGACAACAAACCUGAGCACCACUUUCUGGAAGCCAUCUGUUGUUUCCCCAUGGUUUACUACAUGGAGGGCACGAUCGACAACUUGGACAGCUUGCUGCAGUGCGGCAUCAUCUAUGCCGACAACCUGGUGGUGGUGGACAAGGAGAGCACAAUGAGUGCCGAGGAGGACUACAUGGCAGAUGCAAAGACGAUUGUCAACGUCCAGACCAUGUUCAGGCUCUUCCCCAGCCUCAGCAUUAUCACAGAGCUGACCCACCCCUCCAACAUGAGGUUCAUGCAGUUCAGAGCAAAGGACAGUUACUCUCUUGCCCUUUCCAAGCUAGAAAAGAAAGAGCGAGAGAACGGCUCCAACCUGGCCUUCAUGUUCCGGCUGCCCUUUGCAGCCGGGAGGGUCUUCAGCAUCAGCAUGCUGGACACGCUGCUCUACCAGUCGUUCGUGAAGGACUACAUGAUCACCAUCACUCGGUUGCUGCUGGGUCUUGACACCACGCCGGGCUCUGGCUACCUCUGUGCGAUGAAGAUCACUGAAGAUGACCUGUGGAUCCGGACGUACGGCCGCCUCUUCCAGAAGCUUUGCUCCUCCAGUGCGGAGAUUCCCAUAGGGAUUUACAGGACAGAGUCACACAUGUUUGCAACCUCCGAGCCCCACGACAUCAGAGCGCAGUCACAGAUCUCUAUCAAUGUCGAGGACUGCGAGGACAACAAGGAGCACUGGGGCAUCAAUACCAGCCACCACAGGAACUCGUGCUCCAGCGACCAGUCCGAGCACCCGCUGCUGCGGCGCAAGAGCAUGCAGUGGGCGCGCCGGCUGAGCAGGAAGGGCAACAAGCACGCCAGCAAGACGGCCGAGUGGAUCAGCCAGCAGCGCCUCAGCUUGUACCGGCGCUCCGAGAGGCAGGAGCUUUCCGAGCUCGUCAAAAACCGUAUGAAGCACCUGGGCUUGCCCACCACCGGGUACGAGGAUGUAGCAAAUUUAACAGCCAGUGAUGUGAUGAAUCGGGUAAACCUGGGAUAUUUGCAAGAUGAGAUGAACGACCACCAGAACACCUUGUCCUACGUCCUGAUAAAUCCCCCCCCAGACACGCGGCUGGAGCUCAACGACAUCGUGUAG